AUGGUGUCGGACAUUUCUUCUGAUACAAUCGCUCCGGGAUUGCAAGCAUUCGUUCUCGAUUACAAUUCGUUAAUCUCAUAUAAGCAUGGUGUAACUGGCCAUUUUCUGUUAUUUGUAAUCUGCUGGCUGUGCAACAACAUCAACGGAAAAAUGAACUGGUUUCCGAUCGCAGUUGUCAUUCUUUCUCUAGGUAGCCGGUCGCUCGGUCAGAUAAUAGCCAUUGGACAGUGUCCGGAACAUCCAGUAGUGCAGAAUUUCGACCUUCAGGCUUACGUUGGCUACUGGUACGAAAUUAGCCGUUAUGAAAGGGAUACACAACGCGGUGCGGAAUGCGUUCAAGUGAACUAUACUCUAAACGCUGACAAUUCAGUACGUGUUGAAAAUCGGCAGUUGAUACCGCCCAGCGGUGAAUUCGACGUGAUUGUUGGCCGAUCUGUUUUAUCGUUUCCCGAUGAAAAUCCGCUUCAGGGAAAAUUCAACCUGACUUUUGGAGCUAUGCCUCCAAUCUUGUCCAACUAUUGGGUUCUAGAUACAGACUAUACCAGUUUUUCAUUCGUCUGGGGCUGCUUCCCAGUUAGUGAUACUAUUCGAGGAGAGAACUUUUGGCUGCUAUCGAGAACGGUUGAAGUCCCGCAAGCUGUUCAAGCUCGAAUUGACGCGCUGAUCGAUCUUUAUUUAGUUCGAGAACACAUUCGGACGACAAGCCAUGAUUUGCACUACUGUGUAAACCAAGAUAAUCUAGGAACGAAAUUGAAGAAGAGAAAUAUCAACAGCCUAUAA